AUGGAAUCCCACCCCCAAACGGCGGAGUCGUCUCAUAAACGGCCUCGGUCUCCCACUGCCGAUCAUGGCUCGUCGAAAGUGCCCAAAACGCAUUCGAACCAUCUACAGAUAAAUUAUCUCGCACGACAAUACCCUGACAACCUACCACUCGUCUCCGUCGAUGAUACCAUGCCUGCGAUCAUUCAUCUGCUUGGUGAAUACGACGGGGUGCUACACCGCCACGAGAGCAUCGCUGGAAAUCUGGGCGCAUGCCCGCUUGGUCCAAUCUUGAUUAAGCGCUUCGAGCGUCUGUUCGAUGGACCGCCGCAAGUGUUGAAAUCCCAUAGCAAAGAUGGACCUACGGUGACUUGGCUUGAUGUGGUCGAGUUCGCGAAGAACAAACCCGAGCAGUUCAACCUCGAAAAGUCGCGCAAUGGCGUGCGCGUCUGUCAGUUCUAUACCAAGCAGUGUCGCGUGGAAAUCAGCGAGGAGGAUUUCGUUUUGAUUGCUUCUGGCAUGCCGCAGAAGAUGAUCCCGCCCCAGCCUAUCAUCGAGGACGAGGAAAAGGAGCUGGGCGCGCUGGAGAUUCUUGAAAAGAACCUGCAUCAUAUAAUUCAAAUGGCUGAUCAAGUUUCUGCUCGAGCGAGACAGCUUAACCAUCGACUGAAGAAUCGCCGCAAUGCUAUUGUCACCCGCCGAGAGAAUGAUGCUACUCUACAUGCGCAAUCCCGAAACGUCGCUGAAAUAUGGCGCGAUGCCAACGGUAAUGGCCCAGGAAACGGUCAUGGAUCAUCUCACCCUUCUCCGUCUGGUUUCGUCGCUGUCAACACUCAUCGUCCCGAAGGCGAACAUACCGAGGAGAACCCUCUAUCAUCCCAAUUCAUGUUCUCACAGACCAACACCGACAAUGUCACCAUGAUCAACGGGCAGUCGAUCAAAGGUGCUUCCCCAACCACGCGCGCAGACUUGAUGAAGAGGUUUUUCACAACAGCUGACCGUCAUGCCCGUGGCUAUGACGAUACAGCAACCCCAGUCAAUCCUCAACCACUCCCUCGGCCCCGUGCCUCCGACCCAGCAGACUACAGCCUCUACAACCCCACGACGGCAACCCCAGUUGCCAUCCCAAGUACCCCAUCGUCCCUCCUCCCACCGCCAAAAUCAAUCCACCAAGAAAAAGAUGAUGGAGGCCCCUUCAAGCUAGAAAUGAUAGCUCGCAUGGAAGAGCUCCAGCGCGGUGAGCGCGUAAUCCCACCCUGCGACCGCUGCCGCCGUCUCCAUAUGGACUGCCUGAAGAACCUUACAGCCUGCGUUGGUUGCACCAAGAAACACGCGAAGUGCUCCUGGCGUGACGUCAAAGAAGAGGAAGUCACCGCAAUGCGGGCGGGAAUGGCGACAUCGACGGUAUCCCACGAGCGUGUUGACAAUGACCGCUCCAGUGCAAACCUCACCCCAACCCAGUUCGGUAUGGGCCCACUGCCCCCGAUCUCUGCUGAGCGUGAGCGUCCCCGAGAGCCAGAGCACCAUGCCUACUACUAUCAACAUCAACACCGACGCGAGUCGGCCCCUUCCGUCCCGAACUUGACUCCUGGAUCUACAGUCCCGAUGGAGCUUAAUUCAAAGGAUAAUUCCCCGCGACGGGCAAUGAGUGAGACGGAAAAUAAUGGCCGCCCUCCUGCCCCUGGCCGUGUCUUGGAUCGCGUCGAGGAUGAGGACCCCGAUGCCAAUCAGCGGCUUAGACAGGCCAUUUUGGAUACCGUGGAUCAUCAUACACGUGUCGCUGCAGCUGUGCAGGAGAGGGAGCGUGGUGCGGAGCGUGGUGAACACCCAGUUCUUCCUGCUCCAAAUCCGGCUCCGGUUUCAGGUACUUAUGAUCGUGAGCGUGAACGUGAGCGAGAAGCUGAUCGUGAUCGUGAUCGACGUAUGGUGCAUGCUUAA